AUGGGUGAACGAAAAUCUUCCAAAAAUGUUGAGAAACAGACAGAUCCUGAGCUUAUAGAAAAAGAAAUCGAGCAGAUUGGAAUCGUCCAGCCACCAGAUGGAGGUUACGGAUGGGUUAUUGUUGUUGCUUCAUUCUUAAUCAACAUGAUCGUUGAUGGUGUGAUAUUCACUGUAGGAAAAAUUCUAUUGCCGGCCUGGGUAGAAGGAUUCAAAAUUUCCGAGUCAUCCGCAUCGCUGACCAUGUCAAUUCUCUCUGGAUGUUACUUCUUCAUUGGACCAUUUUCAUCAGCUUUGUGCAAUGUUUUCGGAUGUCGUAAAGUCGCAAUUGCGGGGGCUGUAAUUUCCUGCAUUGGAUUCCUCUUGUCAAUUCCGGCUCCAAAUAUUUAUUGUCUUUACAUCACUUUUGGAUUGAUUGGAGGUGCCGGUCUCGGAAUGAUGUAUCUACCCGCAAUUGUCAUCAUUUCUCAAUACUUUGCUGUUCGAAGGUCAUUGGCUACUGGAAUCGCCGUAUGCGGUUCGGGAAUCGGAACCACCGUUUUCGCACUGCUCAACGAUAUUGUUUACGAGUUUGUGAAAGGAGAUUGGAGGCAAUUUUUGGUCUACACUGCAACGAUUGCAAUUUCGGGAUUCGUUGCUUCCAUUCUUCUUCGUCCUUUGAAGGCAUCGAAGACUCAAAUUGAGAAGGUUGUUCAAAUUGUGGAAGAUUAUGAAGAGAAAAAGGAAAAGAUUAGCGAUUCACCAACUGUGAAUCAUAAGUAUAACACUCCACUCCUGUCGACGAUGGAGAUGCAAGGAGUUGGAAAGCACAACAAUCAACUCAGCGGAUCGGCUACAAGCAUUAUCGACGCUGUCACCAAGGAUAUUGAAGAUCUCAAUCGUCCACUUUCUAGAAUGGAUGUGUUCUAUACGGGAUCUACUGCUAACCUUCACACUAGAAGUCGAACUAAUACUUUGAACAGAGAAGACGUCGAAGAAGCUUUAGAACAUGCAAAAGAAGCGAGAGAAAAAGUUUUCUUGAGCAAAUUGGACCUCAAUGAAGAUGUAGCGUCUUUGGGCGGAAAAAGAAGUGUCAAGGCUGAUAUUAUUCAAGCUCUCCGCAAUCUUCUCGAUAGCAGCCUUUUAGCUUCACCUUCCUUCUUAACAUUGGCCUUCUCCGGAACGUUGACUCUUUCUUGCUUCUAUGUACCAUUCAUUUACCUCGGAAAACAUUUGGAUAAGAUUCCCGAUCUCACUCUUACUCAGAAAUCAUUCCCGGUGUCAUUGAUCGGAAUUAUAAAUAUUAUCGCCCGUAUCGGUUGCGGUUAUAUUGCUGAUCGUCCAGAAGUUAGUGCCUUAUUAGUCAACAAUAUUGCUUUGAUCUUUGCUGGAAUUGCAACAUUUACUGUACCAUGGUACACUGAGUACUGGCAUUUUUUGAUUUUCUGCGUUCCAUUCGCCAUUGGUGUUGCAUGCUUUGCUGCUCUUCGUUCCAUCAUCUGUCUCGAGCUCAUCGGUCUUGAAAAACUUAGCAAUGCUUUUGGAAUUCUUCUCACUUUCAUGGGAGUUGGCGCUAUCAUUGGAGCUCCAAUUGCUGCUGCUCUCAAAGAUUUAACUGGUAAUUUCGACACAUCAUUUUACAUAAUGGGAAGUUUGAUGGCGUUGAGUGGUCUUGUAUGCAUUCCUCUCCCUAUGAUUCGCCGAUGGGAGAACAAUCGAAACGAAAAAAAGAAAGAUGCAAAAUCGGACGUGGAGCUUGAAGGUCUUACCGCUAGUACCUGA